AUGUUGUUUGCAGUUCACUCAGUAGAUGAACCUCUGGUGGUGGAUGACAUCGCGUACGAGCCAAACGAGCAGAAGAACGCUGACCCGUGCACUUCUAGAGGAUGCAUGUGGCCCAAAGAUCCACUCUCCGGGAAAGUCUUUGUGCCUUAUGUCAUCGCCUCGCAUUAUUCAUCUCGUGAGCGCUCCAUCAUCUUGCGUGGCCUGACGUCCUUCGACUCGGUCUCCUGCAUCCGCUUCGUGCCGCGCACCAACCAGAGAGACUACCUGACCAUUCAGUCCAACAACGGCUGUUACUCCUACGUGGGUCGCCGAGGCAACAGCCAGACCUUGUCUCUGGACCGCCAGGGCUGCUUGUACCACAGCACCGUCCAGCACGAGCUGCUGCACGCUCUGGGCUUCAACCACGAGCAGUGUCGCUCCGACAGGGACCGACACAUCCGGAUCCUGUGGGAGAACAUCCAGCCUGGUUGGGAGUACGCCUUCGACAAGAUGAACACACUGAACAUGAACACGCCUUACGACUACAAGUCUGUCAUGCAGUACCACAGGUACGCCUUCUCCGGCAACAACAAGCCCACCAUGAUGCCCAUCCCCAACGCCAACGUCAACUUCGGCGACGCCACCCAGAUGAGCAGCAACGAUGUCCGCAGGGUGAACGCAUUGUACAAGUGCUGAGUGGCGACAUCACAACCAGGGCACCAGAAAAAGUCGCUGGAUUAGUCACUAGUAGACAAAUGGAUUCUUAUCGAAAAAAUAAAAAUGUUUUAAUCCAUUUUAAAA